AUGUUUUACACUUCUAAAAAUUGGAAUGAACCAGAAAUUAUUGAAUUUUGUAAUAAUAAAAGUUUAUUGGAUUCGAAUUUUAAACCUGGAAAUCCAGUGAGAAUCCUAUUUCACGGAUAUCAUGAUGGACCAAAUGCCGUCGUUAACACUCUCGGUCUUCAAGGAUACAAAUCUCUCGGAGAAUUUAACGUCAUUAUCAUUGAUUGGUCCAAAGGAGCAAACACUCCAGAUUACAUUUUAGCUGUUGAAAGAAUUUUCCAAAUCGGACCUUUCAUUGCUGAAUUUAUUGAAUUUCUCUUAAAAACGUUCAAAAAUCAGAUGAAAAUAUCCGACAUUUAUCUCAUCGGUCACAGCCUUGGAGCUCAUUUAGCUGGAAUUGUUGGAAAAAAUAUGAAAAGUGGAAAAAUUCCCGUAAUUUAUGGCUUAGAUCCUGCAGGUCCUUUAUUUUCAAUUCAUGAUCCCGACAAAAGAUUGGAUAAAAAUGACGCGGAAUACGUUGAAGUAAUUCACACAGAUGGCGGCAUGCAAGGUUUUAGUGAACCUUUGGGAACAGCAGAUUUUUAUCCGAAUUGGGGAGUCAAACAACCCGGAUGUGGUGCUGAAAUUAACAGUGCUUGUAAUCAUGUAACAGCGGCUUAUUAUUGGGGAGAGUCUUUAAUUACGGAAAAAGGCUUUUGGGGGCAUUUGUGUGACAGUUACGAAAAUAUUUGGAAGAAAAAUUGCACUUUUAACGGCGGAAAAAAAGUAAAAAUGGGAGGAGAACCCGGAAAUAAAGGAAAAGCUAAAGGAAUUUAUUACGUGAAAACAGCAAACCAAAAACCUUUUGCCCUUGGAGACAUUUAA